AUCACGUGAUAUUGAACCCGUGACGUUUUGUUGCGAUUUGACAGCUCAGAGGCAUCAGUUUUUAAGGUCCUGAUAUAGAAUAACAGAGAGGUCAAGAUGGAUAUCCGAGGGGCCGUGGAUGCUGCCGUCCCGACCAACAUCAUCGCAGCCAAGGCCGCAGAGGUCCGAGCAAACAAGGUCAACUGGCAGUCCUAUCUCCAGGGCCAAAUGAUCUCAGCUGAGGACUGUGAUUUCAUUAAGAAGUUUGAAGUUGCCAACUCUGAGGAUAAGCAAACAAUUCUGACCAAAGAAGGACAUCAGUGUGCAAAGACCUUCCUCAACCUGAUGGCUCAUAUUUCCAAGGAGCAAACAGUUCAGUACAUCUUGACCCUGAUUGACGACACGCUGCAGGAAAAUCAUCAGAGAGUGAAUAUUUUCUUUGAUUAUGCCAAGAAGACUAAGAACACAGCCUGGUCGUAUUUCCUCCCAAUGCUGAACCGUCAAGACCUCUUUACUGUUCACAUGGCUGCGAGGAUCAUAGCCAAGCUGGCUGCCUGGGGUCGUGACCUAAUGGAGGGCAGUGACCUGAACUACUACUUCAACUGGAUUAAAACCCAGCUCAGCUCUCAGAAACUACAUGGUACAGGUGCAGAACCCGGAACAGGAACCAUCUCUCCCAGUGAAAGCUCGCAGUACGUUCAGUGUGUCGCCGGUUGCCUGCAACUAAUGCUCAGAGUGAAUGAAUACAGAUUCGCCUGGGUGGAAGCUGACGGAGUGAACUGCAUCACAGCAGUGCUGAGCAAUAAGUGUGGCUUCCAGCUGCAGUACCAGAUGAUCUUCUGCGUGUGGCUUCUGGCCUUCAGCCCUCAACUCUGCGAACAGCUGCGGCGCUACAACGUGGUACCAGCGCUCUCUGACAUCCUCCAGGAGUCCGUCAAAGAGAAGGUCACUCGCAUAAUCCUGGCUGCAUUCAGGAACCUGCUGGAGAAGUCUGCUGAAAGAGAGACUCGUCAAGAAUACGCUCUUGCCAUGAUCCAGUGCAAAGUGCUUAAACAGCUGGAGAACCUGGACCAGCAGAAAUACGAUGAUGAAGACAUUACUGAUGACAUCAAGUUUCUGCUUGAGAGACUGGGAGAGAGCGUUCAGGAUCUCAGCUCUUUCGAUGAGUACAGCUCUGAGCUGAAGUCUGGCCGUCUGGAGUGGAGUCCAGUGCACAAAUCCGAGAAGUUCUGGAGGGAAAAUGCUGUUCGCCUAAAUGAGAAGAACUAUGAGCUGCUGAAGAUACUGACCAGGUUGUUGGAAGUGUCGGAUGACCCUCAGGUUAUUGCUGUUGCAGCUCAUGAUGUGGGAGAAUACGUGAGACAUUACCCUCGGGGCAAGAGGGUGAUCGAGCAGCUGGGUGGUAAACAGCUGGUGAUGAACCACAUGCAUCAUGAAGAUCAGCUUGUCCGUUAUAAUGCUCUGCUGGCUGUCCAGAAGCUCAUGGUCCAUAACUGGGAGUACCUGGGGAAGCAGUUGCAGUCCACUGAACAGUCAACUCCUGCUGUGGCGGCCCGAAGCUGAACUGCUCCUGUGCUUAAGUGUGCUUGAGUCUGUGUGUUUGAUCCAGUGUCUUUUGUGUGAUUGUAGAUGUGUGUUAUAUAAUGAAUAUGUCAAACAAAGAACAUUGAGUGAGUUGAUAUAUUGUACCGUGACAUUAUAAUUGACCAUUUGUGUUGUGCUUUUUCUCAUUGUGUAAAGUUGUGUGUUGAUGUAGCAAAUUCACAUUAUGUAAUCUAAAUCAGAGUAACAAGAAAUGUUAUUUAUGUCUUAAGUGCAAAGCAAUGAGUAUGCAUUCCAAUAAAGAGUCUGAUGCAACAGGA